AUGAGUAUUAUUGAAAGAUUAACUUCUAAAAAAGAAGAAUUAGAAGAAAGGCUAAGCAAUUUAUAUCACGGGGGUAGUCAAAGGAGAGAAACUUUGGAAUAUCGGAUUAAAAAAAUUGAGGGGUUAAUUAGUGUUUAUCAAACAGUGCCUGGUUCUACUUUUAAUUUGUCAGAAGCAGAGAAAGUUCUCAAUCAGCAAGUAGGAUUUGCAGAACAAAAGCAAAAAGUCUUAGAAAUUUUGGAGACUGAAGAAUUUAGAAAGUCAAAAAACAUCCAAAAAAGUCCUUCCGUUUUGUGUUUUGUUGGACCAACUGGAACCGGCAAAACUACUUUUAGCCAAAUCCUAGCCCAAGUUUUAAAGAAAAAAUUUUUUUCGAUAUCAUUGGGAGGACUAUCUAAUACUUCUGAUUUGAUGGGGACUAGUGAAAAUUCUUCGGGAACCGAAAUAGGACAAUUGACCAAAGCUUUAAUUGAAGCCAAGUCUCCUGAUCCAGUAAUCUUACUAGACGAAAUUGACAAAACUAAACCUUUUAUCCAUGAUUUUCUAAUAAAAAUUCUUGAUCCUGAGCAAAAUCAAGAAGUAUUAGAUUAUUAUUUAGAUGUGGAGAUAGAUUUUUCUCAAGUGACUUUUGUGGUGACUGCCAAUGAUCAAGAUAAAAUCCCUGUUUAUUUACGUUCACGAAUGACGGUUAUUGAAUUACCAGAAUACAGCGGUGAGCAAAAAAAAGAAAUCGCAAAUAAAAUUAUUCAGAAUUUUUUUGCCCAAAAUCCGACCCUGAAUUCUCAAAAUUUCGAGAUUACUUCUGAAGCAUUGGAAAAAUUGAUUUCUAAAACCAAAGAAAAAGGUGUUCGUCAGUUAAAAAUAGCCUUUGAUAGUGUUUUCGACUAUUGCAUUUUACAGUGGGCUAGAAAAGCUAAAAAAGGAGAACUGGAAAGUAAAAUGAUCAUUAAUCCUGAACAGAUUGAUCAAAUCAUUCCGCAGGAUUUUCCUAAUAUUGAUCAAGAAGAAAAAAAAGAUAAACCAAGCAAUAAUUGA